GGGGCAACGUACCCAGCACCCGGCAAAGAGAGUUCCGAAAACCAACAUCUCAUGCAAACAGGAUAUUAGCUUUGUCAGAAAGAUCAAAAAGGCCUUGAGGUUUCUCCUCACAGCCUCAGCCUUGCCACUCUGCCCUCGCCUCACCUGCUCCCUGCGGCGUGCAGAGGCGCCUCUUCCUACCCCUCGAGCCUCGGCAGGAAGAGAUGGCAGCAGGGCAGACGCAUCUCUACGCCAAGGUCUCCAACAAGCUCAAGGGCCGCAGCACCCCCUCGCUCCUGGACCCCCUCCUGGCCAUGGGCUUCCCGGCGCAUACCGCGCUGAAGGCGUUGGCGGCCACUGGCAGGAAGACGGCAGAGGAGGCCUGGGACUGGCUGCAUGGUCAUCGAAAUGACCCUUCCCUAGAUGACCCCAUCCCCCAGGAGUAUGCUCUUUUCCUCUGCCCCACGGGGCCCCUGCUGGAGAAACUUGAGGAGUUCUGGAGAGAGAGCAAGCGUCAGUGUGCAAAGAACAGAGCUCACGAGGUCUUCCCCCACGUGACGCUCUGUGACUUCUUCACGUGUGAAGACCAGAAGGUGGAGAGCUUGUACGAGGCCCUGAAGAGGGCUGGAGACAGGACCCUGGACUCCUUCCCCCCUGUGAUCCCCCUGGUCCUCCACUCGUCCGUCAGCUACCUCGGCUUCUUCCUCAAUGGCAGCCCCGCGGACGUCAUCCGGGAAUUUGCCGUCACAUUUGCCACAGAAGCUUCUGUCUUGGCAGACUGCACGGUGAAGCCCUGCACCAAGCAGCUCCAUCUGACCCUGGCCCACAAGUUCUACCCCCACCAUCAGAGGACACUGGAGCAGCUGGCCAGAGCCAUCCGCCCCGGCCACAGCUGCCAGUGGACGGCCACGCUCUACUCCCGGGACAUGCGCUUUGUACACUACCAGACCCUGAGGGCCAUAUUCCAGUACAAACCCCAGAAUGUGGAUGAGCUGAUGCUAAGUCCGGGUGACUACGUCUUUGUGGACCCCACUCAGCAGGAAGAAGCCAGUGAGGGCUGGGUGAUUGGGGUCUCCCAGCGGACCGGCCUCCGAGGCUUCCUGCCAGAAAACUACACAGACCGAGCCGGCGAGGCUGACACCUGGGUGAAGCACAGGACAUACACCUUCAGUCUGGCCAUGGACCUGAGCUCCAGAAAGGACAGUGAGGGCGGCAGCAGACCCGACUUGGAGUUCCAUCCUCCACAGACGUCAAGGAGUUUCAGCAGCAUACAGGCUUUGCAGGCCACAGUUGCGAGAAAGAGCGUGCUGGUGGUGCGCCAUGGAGAAAGAGUGGACCAAGUCUUCGGGAGGUUGUGGCUACAGCAGUGCUCCACUGCAGACGGAAACUACUACAGGCCAGACCUAAACUUUCCUUGCAGUCUGCCCCGACGAAGCAACGGCAUCAAACACUUUGAAAAUGACCCGCCGUUAUCCUCGUGUGGAGUUUUCCAGUCCAGGACAGCAGGGGCCGCACUCCUGGACAGUGGCGUCCGUGUCAUCUCCGUGUUCACCUCCCCAGCCCUCCGCUGUGUGCAGACGGCCAAACUCCUCCUGGAAGAACUCAAACUGGAGAAAAAAAUGAAGAUAAGAGUGGAACCUGGAAUCUUUGAAUGGACAAAAUGGGAGGCCAGCAAAGCCAUCCCGACAUUCAUGAGCCUGGAAGAGCUGAAAGAGGCGAGUUUCAACGUCGACACUGACUACAGGCCUGCAGUCCCCCUGUGCCGCCUCAGGCCAGCAGAGAGCUAUGCCGAGUACGUGGAAAGGAGCACCGUGAGCGUGGGCCGGAUCAUCAGCACCUGCCCACAGGACACCGGCGUCAUCCUAGUCGUGAGCCACGGCUCAGCACUGGACUCCUGCACUCGGCCACUUCUUGGGCUGCCGCCCCAGGACUCUGGGGAUUUUGCCCAGUUAGUGAGAAAGAUCCCUUCUCUGGGUAUGUGCUUUUGUGAAGAAAACAAAGAGGAAGGGAAAUGGGAGCUGGUGAACCCGCCCGUGAAGACCCUGACGCAUGGGUCGAACGCGGCGUUUAACUGGAGGAACUGGAUCCUGAACGACUGAGAGACACUGGCCAUAGGCACGGCUGUACAGCGGACAGGCGAGGACGCUAUGCAGAGCCUGUGACAUGCGUCAUGCCAGAGGUGUCUUAGCGUCUUAGUCUCACCUAUAUGACUCAUAGAAGCACGAAAUGCACUUUUAUAUUGGGGAAGCCGUGCACCUGUUUGCUGGGCUGUGGGGGCACCAGGCAGAAGGCUGGGGGGGCCUCACCCCCCCCCAGCAGGUGGGAGUGUCCACACUGACACAGGAGGGUGGAGCCAGGGCUUGGAGGGAGAUGACAAGCUGGGACACUAAUUAAAGACAGGAUGUGGCCCCUUUGUCGUGCACGCCCCUACUGGUUGGGUUCCCAGCUGUUUUGCCUUUUUCUAUUUGAAUCACUCUGUAGCUAUGUCCACACAGGCCAAAAAGUCAAGAAAAUGGUACAAGAAAGCCACAUGCCAGAUCAAAACUGGGAACUUCUCGUAGGCAUCAGCACCCCGUGUAUUAGUUUCCUAUUACUGCCAUAAAUGGCCACAUACUUAGUGGCGAGUGACACGUGCUAUCCUGCAGUACCAGAGGUCAGAGUCUGAUGGCAAGCUACAUCCCUUCCUUAACCUUUUUUAGUUUUCAGAGAUCGCCUGUGUCCCUCAUCUAAAGCCUCCACCCCAGUCCUCCAGGACAGCAGGGGCACAUCCUCCAAAACUCUGUGACCUCUGCUCCAUUGUCACUGCACCCCAAAGUCCUUUCUGCCAUGUGAGGCCCCACAUUCACAGGCUUCCACGAUUAGGCUGUGGACGCCUGUUGGCGUCAUUCCUUGGCCUGCCCUUCCGAGCAUAGAAGGGCCGCUGGCACAGACAUAAGGGUUUUACACACACACCCCAUGACGGUCUUUUGUGGCAUCCCUUUUUCUCACUUCUGAUUAAGAUGAAUGGAAAGGGGACUCUGCAAAUGAGAAAACCAGAAAAAGAGCCACCAGCAACUCGACGUCCACCUGUGAGUGUGUAAACGCAGUGGUGGCUCUGACUUUACGAAGGCCAUCCAGCAGGGGAUGGGGUCCCCCCCGUGUGUCUCCACCCCCACCCCACGGUCGCACCUGUUCCCGCAGGCCAUGCCUGGCGCAGGCAGCAAGAUCCCUCCAGAGUGUGGUGAAAAGCAGCCCAGCUUUCCCCUUUCCCACCCCUGUCCUAAUUCAGAUGUCGUUUCACUGUUGCGGUUUGGGAAUGCGGUUGAUCUGUGACUGGCCAUUUACAGAGCAGGCACAGAGGUGAGAGGGACAGACCUGCACUGCUCCUCCAGUCUCCCCGCCAUCGCCCCCACAAGCGUGGAGCAGAACACAAAGGGGCCACCACAUUAGACCCAACUCCAUUAUGGGCACUUUGGAAAGAGGGCGGCGAUGAGGGGCUAGGAGGAAGAAGCAGGGGAGGGGCAGAGAGGGGACCAGAGGAGCAGCUUUGGAUUGGACAACAAAGCCGCGAACACCCAAGCCAGUGCCUGCCUCAAGGCUGUAGCCUGAGAUGGGGAAGAGCUCAGGGACAGCCCAUGGCCACCCAGCAAGGCCACCGAGCCAAGGCAAGUGAAGUGAGGACCACCCUGAGCCCAGCUAGAACCAGCCCACGUCAAACACAACACAUACCACAUCCAAAACACGUCAUGCGGAACCCGCCACACGGAAUGUGUGAGGGGCCACACCUGACGAAGCCUCCUCGCCGGGCCCGUCUAAGGCUGUCGACGGAGAGAGACACAUUUGCUCGUCCCUGUUAACUUGCUAGUGACAUAAUCUUUCUGUGCCCAAACCUAACCAAGUCUGCAGCUGACACAGCAGCAGGGAGCAGGAGUGCCACCCAUUCGAAGGUCUGCCUGUGUCCACCCACAGGACAAGACCUCUAGGGCAGGACCCCAGCUAUGCCCCGUCAGGUGCUGAUAAGAAGAUAAGGGGCCCUCUGGGAUUGGUGGAGGUGCUGCCUCUGGGCACCUGCACUGCUUGUCCCUCCUCGUCAUUGGA